AGACGUUGAUGGACACAAAGUGGGCCACGACAGAAUUAGCCUGGACCGCGCACCCUGAGACAGGGUGGGAAGAAGUGAGUGGCUAUGAUGAUGCCAUGAAUCCCAUCCGGACUUACCAAGUCUGUAAUGUGCGUGAGCUCAACCAGAAUAACUGGCUACGCAGUGACUUCAUCCCACGAAAGGAUGUGCUACGUGUAUAUGUGGAGAUGAAAUUCACAGUACGUGAUUGCAACAGCAUUCCUAAUAUCCCAGGUUCCUGCAAAGAGACCUUCAACCUCUUCUACUAUGAGUCUGACUCAGACUCAGCCACAGCCACCAGCCCUUUCUGGAUGGAAAACCCUUAUGUAAAGGUGGACACUAUCGCCCCAGAUGAGAGCUUUUCCAUGCUUGAAUCUGGACGAGUAAACACAAAAGUCCGAAGUUUCGGGCCGCUGUCCAAAGCUGGGUUCUAUUUGGCCUUCCAGGACCUUGGUGCUUGCAUGUCACUCAUCUCAGUGAGGGUGUUUUACAAGAAGUGCUCUACCACCAUUGCCAACUUUGCAGUUUUCCCAGAGACAGCAACUGGGGCUGAGGCAACGUCCUUGGUCAUUGCACCAGGAACUUGUGUCCCCAAUGCCCUGGAGGUGUCCGUGCCACUGAAGCUUUAUUGCAAUGGAGAUGGGGAGUGGAUGGUUCCCGUGGGAGCCUGCACUUGCUCGGCCGGUUUUGAACCAGCCAUGAAGGAUACUCAGUGUCAAGCUUGCAGCCCUGGCACCUUCAAAUCCAAGCAGGGAGACAGCUUCUGUUUGCCCUGCCCAGCCAACAGUCGUGCCAGCUCAGGAGCAGCCAGCGUUUGCUCCUGUCGAAAUGGUUUCUACCGCUCAGACACUGACUCUCCUGAUUCUCCCUGCACAACUGUUCCUUCUGCACCACGCAGUGUCAUCUCCAUUGUGAACGAAACCUCGCUUGUGCUGGAAUGGAGUGACCCACGUGACUUGGGCGGCCGUGACGACAUCUUCUACAAUGUCAUCUGUAAAAAGUGCCUGCCUGAACGGGGAAUGUGCUCACGGUGUGACGACAAUGUAGAAAUCUCACCACGCCACCUGGGCCUGACCCAGCGCCGCGUGGCUGUCCGUAACCUUCAAGCCCACACACAGUACAGCUUUGAGAUUCAGGCAGUCAACGGCGUUUCCAACAAGAGCCCCUAUACACCUCAGUUUUCUGCAGUGAACAUCACCACAAAUCAGGCUGCUCCAUCUGCAGUGCCCACAGUUCACCUGAUGGCGGCCACAGCGAGCACCAUGAGCCUGUCCUGGCUGCCUCCAGAGAAACCCAACGGAAUCAUUCUGGAUUAUGAGAUUAAGUACCAUGAGAAGGUAAGCGGCAGUGAGGCCAUCGCCCAUACCAUGACUGCCCAACGGAGCAAUGCUCGCAUUGAAGGUCUCAAGGCUGGUACACCUUAUGUAGUACAGGUCCGCGCCCGAACAGUGGCUGGCUACGGUCGUUACAGCAGUCCAGCUGACUUCAGUACCAACCUGCAAACUGACCCUCCGAAGUCAUGGCAGGAGCAGCUACCACUUAUCGUGGGAUCAGCCACUGCUACCUUGGUCUUCAUCAUUGCAGUUGUGGUCAUCGCUAUUGUCUGCCUCAGAAAGCAGAGAAAUGGUUCAGAAUCGGAGUACACAGAGAAACUGCAGCAGUACAUCACGCCGGGAAUGAAAGUCUACAUUGACCCCUUCACCUAUGAGGACCCCAACGAGGCGGUGCGCGAGUUUGCCAAGGAGAUCGACGUCUCCUGCGUGAAGAUCGAGGAGGUCAUUGGCGCAGGAGAGUUUGGGGAGGUGUGCCGCGGUCGCCUCAAGCUGCCUGGACGCCGGGAGAUCAUCGUAGCCAUCAAGACUCUCAAGGUGGGCUACACUGAUCGCCAGAGGCGAGACUUCCUGUCAGAGGCAUCCAUCAUGGGCCAGUUUGACCACCCCAACAUCAUUCGUCUGGAGGGUGUGGUCACCAAAAGUCGACCAGUGAUGAUUGUGACCGAGUUCAUGGAAAAUGGGGCACUGGACUCUUUCCUAAGGCUCAAUGACGGGCAGUUCACAGUGAUCCAGCUGGUUGGCAUGCUGCGCGGCAUCGCAGCAGGCAUGAAGUACCUGUCAGACAUGAACUACGUGCAUAGAGACUUGGCUGCCCGUAACAUCUUGGUCAACAGUAAUCUAGUGUGCAAGGUAUCAGACUUUGGCCUAUCUCGUUUCCUCGAAGAUGACCCUUCAGAUCCCACCUAUACAAGCUCACUGGGGGGAAAAAUCCCCAUUCGCUGGACGGCUCCUGAGGCAAUUGCCUACAGGAAGUUCACCUCAGCCAGUGAUGUGUGGAGUUACGGCAUCGUCAUGUGGGAAGUGAUGUCAUACGGAGAGCGGCCGUACUGGGACAUGAGCAAUCAGGAUGUGAUAAACGCUGUGGAGCAGGAUUAUCGACUGCCCCCACCUAUGGACUGCCCCACAGCGCUGCACCAGCUCAUGUUGGACUGCUGGGUCAAAGAGAGGAACCUGCGACCCAAAUUCACCCAGAUUGUGGCCACGCUGGAUAAGCUUAUCCGCAAUGCUGCCAGCCUCAAGGUUGUCACCAACAGCACACAAUCCACUGGGGUAUCCCAGCCCUUGCUUGACCGAUGUGUGCCAGACUAUACCACUUUCACCACUGUGGGAGACUGGCUGGACGCCAUCAAGAUGAGCCGCUACCGUGACAACUUUGUCAACGCCGGAUUUGCUUCCUUUGACCUGGUGGCCCAGAUGACAGCAGAAGACUUGCUGCGGAUAGGGGUAACGUUGGCUGGCCACCAGAAGAAGAUUCUUGGUAGCAUUCAGGACAUGAGACUACAGAUGAACCAAACACUUCCUGUCCAGGUCUGAACAACAGGACACACAGACUGAUGCAGUCGAAGGACAGCCAGACAGAAGAAAAAAGGGGGAGGAACUGUGCCAGAGAGAGCCAUUGGAAAACCCUAGCUGCCUGACCCAUCUCUGCCAAUUACACGCUAUGAAACUGGCUUGCAGUGCCUCUGACUAGUUUA